GAGCAGCGCCGCGGGGAGUCCUCACCGGCCAGGGCUUCCCGCGCCCAGGGAGCGCCUGGGGCUGGCCUGGCGGAGCUUAGGAAGCUGGCGCUGCGGGCGGGCGGGGUGACACAGCCUCCGUGCCAGCCGCAGCCGUUGGCUGGCUGGCGCCCAAUCCCGGGGCAUGCCGCCCUAACCUGGCCGGGACAUACAGUGAAAAGCGAGUUUGGUGGCAGAUCUGACCCCCGGAGGUUGCCAGCUGCAACAGCGUGGCGAGCCCAGUAUCGGGGACCCGAGGCUUGGAGGGAAAGCAGCGGCAAUGGCUUCGGUGUUCAUGUGCGGAGUAGAGGACCUGCUGUUCAGCGGCAGCCGCUUCGUGUGGAACUUGACGGUGUCCACGCUGCGGAGAUGGUACACCGAGAGGCUGCGGGCUUGCCACCAGGUGCUGCGGACAUGGUGCGGGCUGCGGGACGUGUACCAGAUGACAGAAGGCAGGCACUGCCAGGUUCACCUGCUGGAUGACAGGAGACUGGAGCUGCUGGUCCAGCCCAAGCUUUUAUCAAGAGAGCUGCUGGACCUGGUGGCGUCGCAUUUCAACCUCAAAGAGAAGGAGUACUUUGGAAUCACGUUUAUAGAUGACACGGGUCAAGAGAACUGGCUGCAGCUAGACCACAGAGUUCUGGAGCACGAUUUGCCUAAGAAGCCUGGCCCAGCUAUUCUACACUUUGCUGUCAGGUUCUACAUCGAGAGCAUAUCCUUUCUGAAGGAUAAGAACACGGUGGAACUGUUUUUCCUGAACGCAAAGGCCUGUGUAUACAAGGGGCAAAUUGAAGUAGACAGCGAGACCAUCUUCAAGUUGGCAGCCCUGGUUUUGCAGGAAAGCAAGGGAGAUUAUACCAGUGAUGAGAAUGCCAGAAAAGACUUGAAGACACUGCCAGUCUUCCCAACUAAAACCCUUCAGGAACAUCCAUCACUCGCUUACUGUGAGGACAGAGCGAUUGAGCAUUAUUUGAAAAUCAAAGGUCUGACUCGGGGUCAAGCUGUGGUCCAGUAUAUGAAAAUAGUAGAAGCCCUACCAACCUAUGGAGUCCACUAUUACGCAGUAAAGGAUAAGCAGGGACUUCCAUGGUGGCUUGGGAUCAGCUACAAAGGAAUCGGCCAGUAUGAUUUACAAGACAAGGUGAAGCCUCGGAAACUAUUUCAAUGGAAACAGCUGGAAAAUUUGUAUUUCCGUGAGAAGAAAUUUGCUGUGGAGGUGCACGACCCCCGAAGGAUUUCGGUGUCUAGAAGAACCUUUGGACAGAGUGGCCUGUUUGUACAAACCUGGUAUGCAAACUCUGCUCUCAUCAAGUCCAUCUGGGUAAUGGCCAUUAGCCAGCACCAGUUCUACCUGGACCGGAAGCAGAGCAAAGCAAAAAUUCCUUCAGCCAGGAGUUUAGACGAUAUCGCAAUGGAUUUGACAGAGACUGGAGCACAGAGGGCCUCCAAACUGGUGACUCUGGAGGCAAAAAGUCAGUUCAUCAUGGCAAGCAAUGGCAGCCUGAUAUCCUCAGGUUCUCAGGACUCAGAAGGCAUGGAGGAGCAAAAACGAGAGAAAAUACUCGAACUCAAGAAGAAGGAGAAACUGUUGCAAGAAAAACUCCUGAAGAAAGUUGAGGAGCUGAAGAAGAUCUGUCUUCGUGAGGCUGAGCUCACGGGCAGAAUGCCAAAGGAGUAUCCACUGAGCAUCGGCGAGAAGGCCCCUCAGGUCAGGAGGCGAGUGGGCACCACGUUCAAGCUAGAUGACAACUUACUGCCCACUGAGGAGGAUCCAGCUUUGCAAGAACUAGAGAGCAAUUUCCUAAUCCAGCAAAAGCUAGUUGAAGCUGCAAAGAAACUUGCCAGUGAGCCAGACCUGUGCAAAACCGUGAAGAAAAAACGGAAGCAGGACUACACCGAUGCCGUGAAAAGGCUGCAGGAGAUUGAAAAUUCCAUAAACGAAUACCGAAUCCGGUGUGGGAAGAAACCCAGCCAGAAGGCUGCAGCUAUUCUACCAGAAGACAUAAUUCCAUCAGAAAGUAGUUCUUUGUCCGACACCACCACCUAUGAUGAUCCCAAUGACUCCUUUACUCUGGCUGGGCAGCGACCAAGUUCAGUACCUCAUUCUCCAAGAAUUCUACCCCCCAAGUCUCUCGGUAUUGAGCGAAUCCACUUCAGAAAAUCCUCCAUCAAUGACCAGUUGGUGGACACCAGGCAGUCGAGAGAAAUGCUGUCCACCCACAGCAGCCCUUACAAAACACUGGAGCGGCGGCCCCAAGGAGGACGGAGCAUGCCCACCACGCCCGUCCUGACUCGGAAUGCCUACAGCAGCAGCCACCUGGAACCCGACUCUUCAUCUCAGCACUGCCGCCAGCGGAGCGGAAGCCUGGAGUCCCAGUCCCACCUGCUCUGUGAGAUGGACAACGACAAGCCAUUUUUCACCCUCUCCAAAUCCCAAAGAAGCAGUAGCACCGAGAUCCUCGAUGACGGGUCUUCCUACACAAGCCAGUCAAGCUCCGAGUACUACUGUGUGACGCCUGCUUCUGGCCCUUACUACACCACCCAGACGCUGGACACCCGCGCCAGGGGUAGGAGAAGGUCCAAGAAGCAGCAUGUGUCUACUUCCAAUUCAGGAAGCAUGCCCAACCUAGCACAGAAGGAGACCUUGAGGAACGGUGUCUACUCAAAGGGUCAGGACCCACCUUCUGGUUACUACAUCACCGGAUAUGCACCGUAUGCGGAGUGUGACCUGUAUUAUAGCGGUGGCUAUAUCUAUGAGAAUGACACUGAGGGACAGUACAGUGUCAACCCUUCUUACCGGUCCUCAGCUCACUAUGGAUACGACCGCCAGCGGGACUACAACAGCAGGUCUUUCCAUGAAGACGAGGUGGACCGCGUGCCCCAUAACCCUUAUGCAACUCUCCGGCUGCCGAGGAAGGCUGCCGUGAAAUCUGAGCACAUCACCAAAAACAUCCACAAGGCCUUAGUUGCUGAGCAUCUGCGUGGCUGGUACCAGAGGGCUUCUGGGCAAAAGGAUCAGGGACACAGCCCACAGUCUAGCUUUGACUCAGACAGGGGCUCACAGAGGUGCUUGGGAUUUCCGGGACUGCAGGUGCCCUGUUCUCCGAGCAGUCGAGCGUCUUCCUACUCUUCAGUGUCUUCUACAAAUGCUUCCGGGAACUGGAGGACCCAGGUAACCGUGGGGCUAUCGGAAUACGAAAAUCCAGUGCAUUCUCCCUACACCAGCUACUACGGCAGCAUCUACAAUCCCUUGCCCUCUCCAAGCAGGCACAAGCGAGGCCCUCUGUCGCAGAGGAUGGCUGUGACUCCAGAGGCGAGCUCAGUAUUAAGCUCUGUCUUGCUCAGUGUAGCCAGCGGGAGCAGUAUGCAGAGACCACUCCGCUGGACGGUACAGAUGGAAACCAGCUGGAGGACAACCUGGAGAGUAGCGAGCAGAGACUCUUUUGGCACGAAGACUCCAAGCCUGGAACAUUAGUCUGAAUGCAGCUGGACCUCCUGACCAAGCACUGCACGUUCUCACACUAGUGUGCCUUGCAAAAUGUGUUCGUCUCCUAGAAGGCUUUAGAAACGAAAGGCGUCAAAGGGCAAAGAGAAGACUUGCGUGGUUUGGAAGUGAAUCACCCAUUUGGCCCCACAAAGCCCUGGAGGAAGACCUGCCUUUCAAACUCUAGGCACUAACCUCUCACUAAGUCUGGUCCCGUUGUGGGUUUGCUGUCAAGAGAAUUGGCAUGAAGCAUUGUCCCACAGCGAGCUCUUAGGAAGGGAAUAACAAUUGUCAGAGGCAAGCCUUGAAACUGGGGACAUGUUCAGGGAGUUUGUCCCAUUGGAAAGGAGGAUGGGAGAUUUCAGAGCACAGUUCAGAAUGCUGAGAGAGGGAGCCCGGAAGCUCCUAAGUCAUGGCUCACCAUUACAAGGCUUGAACUCGUGAGCUGACAGAAAACACACUGUUUCUACAAACAGAUGAUGAUUUAGACAGUAUUGGAAACUUACUUGAAGAGAAGCUAGAUUUUCAUGAAGUUCUGAAUGAGUGUAAAUGGUUUAAGAUAUUACAAAGUGACGUUCUUCAUAAGCACCAUAGUAUGGACUAGUCAUUCUGGUCGCUGUAGCAUCCUGUCCCAUAACUUGGUGGUAGCCAACUAGAGGAAGUGACUGGCCAGCCCUGCUUGGAGAACGUUCUUAAGGUACAUAUCACCAGUCCCUGGUGGGCUUCCCAACAUGGACUGUGCAGACUGGUGACUCUCCACCUCGCCUGUCAUUUGAAGUGGCGGCCUUGAGGUGGAAAGUUCAUGAAACCAGAGUCUGGAAAGGGCUUUCAAGAUGAUAACGGAAGGGACCCCAGAGGACAAAGCCAACCCACAUCCUCGUAGACGAAUUGUGUGCCUUAAAGUGCUGAGCAGGAGAAAGCUGAACCUACGAUCUGAACUCCAGAAGUAGAUCUGAGUCACCCAGUGACGAAACAAGAUGGGCAGAAAGGAUUUUACUCCAAGCUGCAGGAGACUGAAUCACGAGGCUUCAGCUACCUCCUAGGCUUUCUGGAGGAACUCAUUAUCUGCAUUUGUUCUUCGUAGGAAUUUGCUUGCUUGGAGGGCAGCCUUGAUCUUUGUCUCUUUAUUCGGCUCCGAAAUCCCAUGAAAGGUGCUUCCUUUUCCCUCCUUUUUAUACGAGUUUCUUGUUCAUAUUGUGAAUAGAGACGUUUCUCAACAACCUUUCUGGAACCUUUUUCUACUUGUAUUCCAAAGCAUGUAAUAUAUACUUAAAAAUGAUUUGUUAAACCAGUCCUUAGUCAUUUGUAUCAUUAGAAAUGAAGUUCAGGAAAAUUUUUGGAAAAAAAAAAAGACACUAGUUAAAAAAAUAAUAACUUAUUCCUUUUUGCAUAUUUGUAUAGCCUUCUGGAGUUGGAAAUAGCCUUUUGCAUCUACUUUCACUGUUUUGACUUUUGGAGACCUAUUAUUUUUCUACAUAGGUCAAUAAACUGAAAGUGUGCUA